CAAUGAACUCAAAGUGGACUUUCACCCUCUGGAUCUACUUGAGUAAGCUGUGAAACAGACUACCAGCAGCUGCAAGAAAAAACAGUUCAAAUGUUUCCCAUUUCAGCUUGAAGACAUUUUCUGCUGAAAUGACGCCACGCGGAUAAAAGGGUUAGGAGUUAAGAACAUUAGGCAAAGAUGACCCAGAACAUGUUUCAGGAGGGUCUGUACCAGGUGUUUGUUAAGGACACACCUUCGACCUCAUCACCUUCGACCCCGCCUGUCGGCACAGAUAACGAGGAUAUAUUUCACGUCAGGAUUCAUCGAUGGUUCGGGACGGUGGUUAACACCAGAGUUUUAGUUGCCGGGGCCACUCAGAUAUUCGGUGCGCUUGCUUGCAUACUUUCCACUGUCAGCCAUGCAUGUGUGAGCUACAACUGCUCCGUCUCCAUGACAACACCAGUGUGGUCAAGUCUAUCUUAUGUGGCUGCUGGUUGCUUAGCGAUGGAGGUCCAGAGGAAAGCUGAUCAUUUAAAGGUUGUCACUCUGAUGGGUCUGAAUAUCUUCAGUCUGCUGUUUGGCUUCGUUGCUCUCCUGGCCAAUAGUGUCAGUUCUACAGAGCGUGUCCCACUCAGCACAAAAGAACAGCGUGCUGGUUCAUAUGUUGCAAAGGGAAGCUCCAUAGCGUUUACUGUACAGUGUUUCCUCGCGUCAGUCUACAUACUUUUCCUGUCCUGGAAAGGCCUACGUCGCUACAGUCCGACCCACAUCCAGGCCUACAGGAGUCUCUCUCAGCAGAAUCAAGACGAAACCAACGGACCUCUGAUAGAACAAGAGGAAUUCAAUCUGUGAAUCUCACAGACCUGAAGAGGCUCUCCCUCCUGCACUGUGUUUUGCUGAUUACGUUACUGUUGCUGAUCAAGGUCUGUGCAGUUCUUAAAGGCUAUAUAUGCGAUUUUUCACACUUAGAUAUAAUAUAAAUCAAGUAUAUCCUCUGAAAAUAACUCUGUGAGUCAUGACUGUCUACAAUGGGUGUAACACCCGAGUCCCACUGUCUGUGAUGUUUUCAGAGUUUUCAGA